UGUUCCCCGAGCCUGCUUCGGCGCCUAUCCCGUGCGACACCAAGCCCUGUACAUGGGCAGCAAUCUCCAGAUCUCGACCGAUGGUGUUCCGCGGUCAAUCAGUUCCGCUACCCCGACAGAAUAUGGCUCUGAUGGUGACAUCGGCCGCUUCUACUCCCAGUGCGCCAGCCCGGAUCUCCCAACGGCGGCGUCACUGCACGAAACCCUGCCACGGCCUCAGCGUCUCAAAUCCCUACCGUCGCUGGCAAGCUUGUUCCGCUCUGCAUCCAGCUUCAAGAGCAUGGUAUAGCGAGAACCUAUUACGCACCCACGACGAGUCUGACUGAGGCCUGGCGCUGAAGCAUCCGAUUGUUGUUGUCC